CCUCUCUUAUAUAUAUAACAGCCACGCACUCGUUUAUUACUCGCACUUUACGCUCGCUUCCGCGCCGAUCAGACAUACACACAGCCGCCAAUACUCACCACAAGCACCAGCAAUGAGGCAGAAAUUUACUAUCCAGUCUUUGCUGCUUGCGGCUUGGUGCGGAAUCGCGAGCGCCUUUUUCUUCGGCGGACAUGAACACGUUCACAUCCGGAUCCACGUGCCGGAGCUGCACCACGACGUGCACCACGAGAACCAGAUCUACACGGUGCACCACGUGGACGAGCACGUGCACCACAACGUGCCGACCAUCAAGGAGUCAUACAAGAGCCAUGGAGGCGGCCACGGCGGCGGCCUCGGCGGCGGCUACGGAGGCGGCAAUGACGUCGAGCACUACGGCGGAGGCGGUGGCGGCGGCGGCGCUUACGCUACCUCCGGAGGCGGCCACGGCGACUCGUACGCCUCCGACGGCUAUGGGGGCGGACACAACGCCGCUGCUUUCUCCUCUGGGGGUGGAUACGCGUCCGGGGGUGGAUUUUCCGCGGCCGGCGGCCACGGAGGUGGUUUCUCUAGCGGCGGCGGCCACAGCGGAUACGCCUCCAGCGGCGGCGGUUACGCCUCCGGAGGCCACGGAGGCGGCUUCUCGUCCGGCGGCCACGGAGGUGGACUCUCGGCCGGCGGCCACGGUGACUACGCCGGCGGCUACUCUUCCGGCGGCCACGGAGGUGGACUCUCAGUCGGUGGCCACGGAGGCGGACUCUCGGCCGGCGGCCACGGCGGUGACUACGCCGGCGGCUACUCGUCCGGCGGCCACGGAGGCGGAUUCGGCGGCAGCCUGGGUGGUGGCGGCCACGAUUCUGGCGUCGGCGGCGGCCACGGCGCUGGCGGUCACGGUUCUUAUGGCGCUGCGGGCGGCCACGGAGGCGGCCAGGCGUACUCCACCUCCAACAGCUACUCCAGCGGCUUCGGCAACGCCGGCGGCCACUCCUCCGGCGGUGGCGGUGGCGGCGGCCACGGAGGGUACCACAAGAAGUAGGCUCGUUUGAUUAAUUAACAGUGAAAAGACUAAAAAAGCUGCAAGUGUAAAUAGUCAUAAGUGCCUUGAGUCCCGAGUGCUGAGAGUCAUCCCCCUGUAAAUACUAUUUUAUGCUCAAACGUGCGCAUUUAUGUGUGACUUAAAUACAUUUUAACCUUUUUGAUAAUAAAAAUAA